AGAGCGGUACUCGUUUCAUUUCGGUGCUAGGCGUGUUUAGGCAAUUUUAACGUUUAAGAACGCAUUUUUAACUUACACUUCCAGCUUCUUUGCUGGCGUUUUGUGGGCCGCUUUCCGCUACGGCCCUACUUACUUUCGUGUGUCAUUGUCACAUUUUGGAUAAACAUGAGUGUCACUAAAAUGGAAGAGCUGCGUCUUGAUGCAGAAGAACUGAAGCAAUUGCUUUCGAAGGCCACUAGGCAGCGAGUCAAAGACGCUUUGUCUCUGGACUUGCGUAAACUUGAGACUGAAAUUAUUCGUAUCCAAGAACAGAUCUCCAAGGAGAAUGAGGAAAGCAAAGCUGGCUCUUCUACCCAAACCUCCAUUGUUGCCAGUGGUGCAAGGUGUUAUGAUGUGAAAAUUACAAACUAUGCUUGGGAUCAGUCUGAAAAAUUUGUAAAAAUAUUUGUUACCCUUAAGAAUAUUCACACAAUCCCAGCAGAAAAUGUCACUUGUGAUUUCAAAAACAGAUCCAUGGAACUCCGUGUCAAUGCUUUGGAAAAUCGCAACCAUCACCUUCCAAUUGUGAACUUGUUGGAAGAAAUCAAUGUUGAAAAGAGCUACUUUAAAGUUAAAAAUGAUAAUGUGAUAGUGUACUUGGCCAAAUCUAAAGUUGGUGAAUCAUGGUCUCAUUUAACUGGUGGUGAGAAGAAAGUAACGGAGAAGAAGCCGCCUCCAAAGUACGAACCUUCAGAUGAUCCUUCCUCCAGCAUCAUGGGAUUGUUGAAGCAAAUGUAUGAUGAUGGUGAUGAUGAAAUGAAGAGAACAAUUGCCAAGGCCUGGGCUUCAAACCAGGAUCAGAAAUCCACCGUGAAUGAGAUGCCUCGUCUCUAAGUCAACAUAAAUGUAAGCUUUUGACCAUUUCUGUUCUUUGUUUUCCUCUGUGCAUGAAAAGUAUCAAAUCUUUUUUUUUUCUGUUCCUCAAACUGAUACAAUGUUUGAUAUUCUGUUAUUGAUUGUAAUGCAUAAAACAUUUUCUAUUUAGAAUGGUUUUAUUUUUACCAAUACUUGGCAGAAUAAAAACUGCAAAGAUAAUUUGGUUUCUUUAUGUCAAUUUUGGGACUUGAGCCAGAUUAUUUACAUAAUCUUAAAUAGAAGUUUGCUGUAUAGGAGGUAGUGAUCUGGCCAUGUGUAUUCUGUGGUUCUCAACUAAUACAGUAUUGUGUCCCAUAUUAGAUAUAUCGGAACUGAAAAGGAUGAAUAAAUGACUGGCACACGAAGUGCUGCAUAAUACAUUUA